AUGUUGACAGAUGGAAAAAUUGUUGCAGUAAAAAAGUCCAAGGUGGUUGAUGAAGGGAAACUUAGGCCUUUCAUUAACAAGAUUGUCAUUCUUUCCCAGCUUAACCACAGGAACAUGGUUAAGUUAUUCGGGUGUUGUUUGAGGAUAAAGUUUCUUCUACUGGUGUAUGAAUUUGUUCCAAACGGUACCUCUUUCGAGUAUAUCCACAAAGAUAAUGAAGAGUUUCCGCUUACGUGGGAUAUGCGCUUAAGAAUCGCCACUGAGGUCACUGGAGCCAUUUUCUACCUACAUUCAGCAGCUUCUUUUCCCAUUUACCACCGCGACAUCAAGUCUUCUAACAUACUCUUGGAUGAAAACUACAGAGCCAAAGUAGCAGACUUUGGGACUUCAAGAUCAGUUGCUAUUGAUCAAACUCACCUUACGACACGAGUACAUGGAACAUUUGGUUAUCUGGACCCAGAGUACUUCCAAUCUAGCCAAUUUACAGAGAAGAGUGAUGUUUAUAGCUUUGGAGUGGUCCUUGCGGAGCUCUUGACUGGAGAAAAACCAGUUUCAGUUUUGAGUUCACAAGAAAGCAGAAGCCUAGCAACUUAUUUCCUUCUUUCUAUGGAGGAGAAUCGUCUAUUUGAUAUUCUUCAUGCUCGAGUAAUGAAGGAGGCUGGGAAAGACGAGAUUAUGGCAGUUGCUAACCUUGCACAGAGAUGCUUGAAUUUGAAUGGGAAGAAGCGACCUACCAUGAAAGAAGUAGCAGCGGAGUUGGAGGCAAUUCAAUUGUCAGUUAAAUGAAUCUUUCACAUUUUAACAUCUUUUUUCUUUCGAAUGUUUUGAGCUUGAUCGUGCGGUAAGGUAGUUUGGAGGUUAAUUUAAGGUGUGGCAA